CAACGCGAGACUUUACCGCAUAUAAAAAGCGCGAAUUCGACACGAGGGGUCUUCUCCAAACUGUGUUGGAGUUGUGUGUGCGGCUGCAGCAGCAAAUUAGUUUCAGUUUCUCCCCGAAUGUAAACUAGCUGUCCAAGAUGCCCAAGAGGAAAAGCGGCUCAGCAAUUGAGGAGCCUCCAAAGCAGGUCAAUGCGGAGGAGAAAGACAUGGAAGAUGAGAGUGACAGUGACCAGGAAGAUCAUCCACAGAAUAGACAGGUGCAGGGUGUGAGUGAGGUGGCGAGUGAUGCAGGGAUUGUGGAGAGCAUCACACUGAAGAACUUCAUGUGCCACUCUCACCUCGGCCCAUUCACUUUUGGUUCAAAUGUGAACUUUGUUGUUGGCAACAAUGGAAGUGGAAAGAGUGCCGUUCUGACAGCUCUCAUAGUUACCCUAGGCGGUAAUGCACAUGCCACCAACAGAGGAUUGUCCCUCAAAGGAUUUGUAAAGGAAGGAGAAAGUUCGGCUGAUGUUUCGAUCACCCUGCGAAACAAAGGAAGGGACGCCUUCAAAUCUGAGGUGUACGGCCCAGCUAUCACUGUAGACCUGAGAAUAACACGCGAGGGGUUGAGAACCUAUAAACUGAGGAGCAAAUCUGGUCAAAUUGUCUCAACCAAAAAGGAAGAGUUGCUCUCUAUCCUGGACAAUUUUAACAUACAGGUCAACAACCCUGUUUCUGUUCUCACUCAAGAGAUGAGCAAAUACUUCCUACAUUCCAAAGGGGAAGGGGACAAGUACAAGUUUUUCAUGAAAUCUACCCAAUUGGACCAGAUGAGAGAGGACUUUCUGCACAUCAAAACCACCAAGCGUAUCACAGAAGAAAAAGUUGAGCAACAUGGUCAAUACUUGAAAGACUUGAAGCAGAAGUACCUGGAGAAAGAAGGAGCGUUUCAAGAACCUGUCAUCAUUGGAUGAAAUGGAGACCAAACU